AUGUCUGAUAAAGACAUUCACACAAAUAAAUUCAUUGAAUUGCAAAACAUCUUUAAAUACCACAUCAAUUCGUAUACUGCGUUGUAUCAGCUAAAAACGGAAAAUGAAGAAGGAUUAAACUCGAUUUACAAAAUGAUCAAAACAGAAUUGAUUGAUUUAAAGAAAUAUCUUCCACAAAAUAUUAUAAAAGAUAUUUUAGAUAUCAUUCCGUAUAAUAACCGCUAUACAAAGUCUUAUCUAAAGCUUGCCAAAUAUAUAUUUGAUGAUUAUCAUGUCAAAGAGGUCAAAAAUGUUGAGUUUCUUUUAAGCUUCCUGUUUUAUAAAGAAUAUGGAAUUAAAUUAUAUGCCUGCAAUUUCGAAAAAAUUAAACCAGAAAAUCUCGAUAUUCAUACAGAAAAUACAAUUUGCAGAGCAAUUAUGAAUAAUGACUUAGAAAGAUUCAUAUAUUUCACAGAAAGAGGUGAAUUUAAUAAAGAUCAAAUACUUGAAAGUAGUUUAUAUCCAUAUUCUUACAGAGGAUAUUCAUUACUUGAAUUAUGUUGUUACCAUGGAGCAGUUGAUUGUUUCAAGUUAUUAAGAUCAAAAUUCAGCUCAGAAAUAACUGAAACAUGUCUAGAAUUUUCAUUUUUAGGGGGAAAUCCAGAGAUCAUGAGUGAAUGUUUGAAAUAUCAGAAACCAAAUGAAAAAUGCAUGCCAUAUGCAAUUAUUUCACACAACAUUGAUUUUGUUACAUUCUUGAUGAAUGAAUACAAUAUAAAGAUCGAUGUAUAUGAUUGCGGAAAAUACAAAAAUCUUGAAUCAUUUUUAGUUUAUUUCGAUCAAACUAAUGAUGUUAAGAAAUGCUUUGUUUAUUCAUCAUGGUUCAAUAUUCCAUUACUUUGUGAAUAUUUCCUUCAAAUGCAGCAAAUAUCAAUGAAAAAGAUAAUGCAGCAAAUUAUAAUAGUAUGA